AUGGACUGUUCUUCUUCUCUCGACAUAUCUCUGAAUCUCAACACCAACGCUUUUGAUCGUAGUUUCCCAGCAAAACUUCCGAAGGAGGAGGAGGUGAAAGUUUCGACUUCUGCUGGUGUCGAAAGGAAAUGGUUGGUCAAAGAUAAGAGUGCAAGUGAGUUAAGAGAGGAGCUAAACAGAGUCUACUCAGAGAACAAGAAGAUAAAAGAGAUGCUAGAAACAGUCUGUGAGAAGUACUACGCACUACAUCAUCAUUUGGAGAAGCUUCAAAGCCGAAAGAGCCCUGGGAUAGAUCAUAUCGAACAACCUACGAAGAAAAGAAAACAAGAUCCGGAAGACUUCUUAGGGUUUCCUAAUGGAAAAACUGAGAAUAGCUCAAGCAACCAAGAUCAUCACCAUCAACAAUAUGAGCAGAAAAAUCAGCUUCUUUCAUGCAAAAGACCAGUCACUGAUAGCUUCAACAAAGUAAAGGUUUCAACAGUCUAUUUCCCUGCUGAUUUUUCCGACACAAGCUUGACAGUAAAAGAUGGCUAUCAAUGGAGGAAAUACGGACAAAAGGUUACAAGAGAUAACCCUUCGCCUAGAGCUUACUUUAGAUGCUCGUUUGCGCCGUCAUGUCCAGUAAAAAAGAAGGUGCAACGUAGUGCAGAGGAUUCGUCCAUACUGGUUGCUACAUACGAAGGGACACAUAACCACUUAGGUCCAAACGCUUCUGAAGGAGAUGCUACAAGCCAAGGUGGAUCAAGCACUGUGACUUUAGAUAUGGUUCAUGUUGGUCAAAGAUUAGAUUUGGAGAAGAACGAAAGGGGAACAAUGCAAGAGGUUCUGGUUCAACAAAUGGCGUCGUCGUUAACGAAUGAUUCAAAUUUUACCGCUGCUCUUGCAGCUGCUAUAACGGGGAGGUUGAUGGAGCAGUCUAGAACAUGA